AUGUCCAGACGCGGGCGGCGCGUCUCAAAUACGCCGGGCAUGCCCUGGGCGCGCGCCCAGUACGCCAAGGCGGGCACGUGUCGUUCUCUAGUUGACAAUUUCACGACAAUUGUCGACAAAUUCUUUAGGAGUGAAUCCAUUCACCAGAAUAUCGCCGAUUAUAACAUAUUUUCACACGAUUAUAAUACACAUAUCAUCUGUAGUGAUGACAAGCCGUGUCGGACAUCGGAGGUGUGCUGUCAGGUCUCAGAUGUCUAUCCCUAUAAUAAUAAUAAGAUGUGUAUCCAUACAGAUAUCAGUGGUAGGAAUUGCAGAGGUAUUUUGAACCAAAACUGCAGUUCUAACCGGCCGUGCGAGUCGGGUCUGGGACUUGAAUGCCUACCCCGUCCCACAUCGUCGCCACAAGACAACCCGCCCAAACAAAUCCGGGGAAAUGCAUGCCAGUGUCCGGACGGCAAGUACUUCGAUUUCAGUACCGACAAAUCCGAGUGUGUCGACUCCACUUAU